AUGUCCUGGUGCACGAUAGAAAGCGACCCGGGAGUCUUUACCGAAUUAGUAGAAAAGUUCGGCGCGUCCGGCUGCGAGUUCGCCGAAUUAUACAGUCUGGACGACGCGGAACUCGCACAACUCCAACCGGUCUUCGGGCUCAUUUUUCUCUUCAAGUGGACGGGCGAGAAGGACGACCGGCCCUGUUGUGAUGAGGUGCCCGGGCUCUUCUUCGCGAAGCAGGUCGUGUCGAACGCGUGUGCCACGCAAGCGAUUCUCGGGUGUCUGCUGAACAGGGCCGACGCGGAGGGCUUGACCCUGGGCCCGGCGCUGGAGGAGUUGAAGACCUUCGCCGCCGACUUACCGUUUGAUAUGAGAGGGUUAGCUAUAGAAAAUGCGGAAAAAAUACGAACCGCGCACAACGCGUUCGCGAGGCCCGAGCCGUUCGUGUCCGAUGAUCGCAAGGCGACGAAGGACGACGACGUGUUCCACUUCAUCACCUACGUGCCGUUCGGCGGUCGCGUUUAUGAAUUGGAUGGGCUGCGGCCGGGGCCUUGUGAUUUAGGUGAGUCUGGUAGCGAUUGGCUGGGCGUGGCGCGUUCCGCAAUUCAAGCGAGGAUCGAAAAGUAUUCAGCUUCAGAGAUCAAGUUCAAUCUGAUGGCCAUCAUCCGGGAUAAGAGAGCCGUGUUGCAGGAAAAACGCGCUUUGUUGGAGGCCGCGGGCGACGCUGGUUCUGUGGCCGAGUGCGACGCUGAUCUAGCUAGAGAGGUGGCCAAGCGGGAGAUGUGGAGUGCGGAGAACGUCCGGCGCCACCACAACUACGUGCCUUUGGUGGUGGACCUGUUCAAGGUCUUAGCGGAGAAGGGGAAGCUCGCGGAGAUGGUAUCUGGGGCGCGGGAGAAGGCCGCGUCCGCGAAGGCGAAGUAAUGUUUUCUUCUUCUAUUCGUUGUGUCGUGGCGCGUCGUCG